AUGCUUCGCCAACUAUACCAGUCGUUGGCGUUAGUCGCCGCUGUUCAUGCCACAGGCAUCUUUGCCAAUGGCGUUGAUAUUGAAUCUCUAUUUGGGCCUUACUUGUCUCCAGGCACUGAGAUUGCCGAACCUACUGACGCCGACUUCUCGACUGUCGCUUCCCCGCGAUGGUCGGAAUGGAAGCCGCCUACCUGGACUGGGGCUAUCAAGCCCAAGACUGAGCGAGACCUUCAGAAGAUUGUCCGAAUUGCCGCGGCGCACAACCUCCCCUUUAUGGCCACCAAUGGCGGCCAUGGUACCAGUCUUAUCUAUGGUACUGUCAAAGGCAUUGACGUGAAUCUUGAAAACUUCAACAGUGUCAAGAUUGAUAUUGAGAAAAACACCCUGACCGUUGGGGGUGGCACCAAGCUCGGCGAUAUUACUGAGCCAUUGUACAAUGCCGGCAAGGCCAUUCCACGCGGCAACAGCCCAUGCGUGGGUGUGAUUGGUGCCACGAUUGGUGGCGGCAUCGGUUUCAACACAGGUCUCUUCGGCCUCGGCGUCGACGCACUCGUAGAGGUCCGCUUGGUGACCGCAACAGGCGACAUUGUGACAGUCUCGGAGAAGCGCCAUCCGGAUCUGCUCUGGGCGAUCCGCGGUGCAGGAGCCAACUUUGGCAUCAUCACUGAAGCGACGUUCCGGAUGUCGGAUCAGCCGAACAACGGCGACGCCGUGAUCGGUAGCUUCGUGUAUCCGGCAGAGGGCGCCCUGGCCGUGUUCGAAGAGCUCCAAUCACUGGAUUACGUCCUGCCAGCCGAUCUUGGGGUUCAGCUAUCCAUUGCCUACAACCGCACGAUCAACGCUUCCGAGCUGACGGUCGACAUGAAGCACUUUGGCCCAUGGGACACGUUUGUGCCUCACUGGAACACUGCCGAGCGACUGAAGCCCAUCGCCCGCACGAUCAAGAACGUUACCCUGGUCGAGCUCUAUGCCGGCUUGGACGGGCCCUGCCAGAGCGGCGUCUAUGUCAGCGGUGGCACCACCGGGCUUGGUCGCACCGAUCCCCAGACGAUGAAGGAGGUCAUGGAUGAAAUGACGGCCUUUUAUGAGGCCCACCCUGGGUUCCUGGGCCAGACGCUGUUCCAGCGGUACGCCAACAACAACACGCUCAAGACGCCCCUUUCGACUGCGGUGUAUCCGUGGAGAGACACCAAGAAUUUCUGGCUCCAUGAGAACAUCUACACCGAUCCCGCUCUGGAGCAACCGUCCAUCGAUCUGCUCCUGUCUCUUCGGAAAAAGCUGCAGGCGACUAGCGGGUUCGAUGAGCCUCAUAUCUAUGUCAACUACGCGUUCGGCGAUGAGGGCCCGGCAGCCUGGUGGGGGGCAGACAAUCUGCCCCGGCUUAGGAGACUGAAGCGGAGAUGGGAUCCCAAGGGGCUGUUUGGCCGUGGCACGCCGAUCUUUUGA